UUUUUUUUUUUUUUUCCUUCUCUCCUAGGGGCUACACAAUGGCAGUCUUCUCUCAGUAAGAUGAAUCCUGCUUUGCCUUCUGCAGAUCCACCCAUCCUCAUAACGAUCAAGUAAAAGGCUAUGGUUUUCUCUUCGGGGAUCUUUUGUGCAUUACUGCUCUCCCUGAUUAGUUUUGGUCUCAGUUGGGAUUUCUUUGCCUUUUUGUUUGACUUCAUGCUGAAAAAGGAUUUUUUUCCCAACCUUUUGGUAAUAAUCCAGUGGUGAUCGAGGGGGGAUAAAUCAUUCACCCUGGCCGAGAAAAAACAAUCACUGAGAAGUCUCAAAGAAAUAUACCACGUGAGGGGAAAAAACUGGGAGAAGAUCCGGAAUAUUAUCGUUUUUCCUAUGGUAAAACCGGUGCCCCUCUUCAGGAGAACUGAUUUCAAAUUAUUAUUAUGCAACCACAAGGAUCUCUUGUUUCUCAGGGUGUCUAAGCUGCUGGAUUGCUUUUCGCCCAAAUCAAUGUGGUUUCUUUGGAACAUUUUCAGCAAAGGAACGCAUAUGCUGCAGUGUCUUUGUGGCAAGAGUCUUAAGAAAAACAAGAACCCAACUGAUCCCCAGCUCAAGGGUAUAGUGACCAGGUUGUAUUGCAGGCAAGGCUACUACUUGCAAAUGCACCCCGAUGGAGCUCUCGACGGAACCAAGGACGACAGCACUAAUUCUACACUGUUCAACCUCAUCCCAGUGGGACUGCGUGUCGUUGCCAUCCAGGGUGUGAAGACAGGGUUGUAUAUAGCCAUGAACGGAGAAGGUUACCUCUACCCAUCAGAACUUUUUACACCUGAAUGCAAGUUUAAAGAAUCUGUUUUUGAAAACUAUUAUGUAAUCUACUCAUCCAUGCUAUACAGACAACAGGAAUCUGGUAGAGCCUGGUUUUUGGGAUUAAAUAAGGAAGGGCAAGCUAUGAAAGGGAACAGAGUAAAGAAAACCAAACCAGCAGCUCAUUUUCUACCCAAGCCAUUGGAAGUUGCCAUGUACCGAGAACCAUCUUUGCAUGACGUGGGCGAAACGGUCCCGAAGGCUGGGGUGACGCCGAGUAAAAGCACAAGCGCGUCUGCCAUCAUGAAUGGAGGCAAACCAGUGAACAAGAGCAAGACCACAUAGCCAGACCCUCAGGUGUUGUGACUUACCCGUCCUGAGCGCAGGUGAGCGAUUUAUCCCCACCAGACUCUCCUGCUCCCGUGCCCACGAGCAGCGGGACGCAAGCAGAUGCCUGCCCUUGGCUGUCUCCGAACUUCUCUGUUGCAAGUGGAUAAAUCUCAACCUGUGGCGCCCCCCACACAGGAAGACACCUGGAUUACCAGCCAAACUCAGACCAUGGAAUGCCCUACCAGAUAUGGAAUGCCUUUUUAAUAUCUUUUCUGUGACUGUGACACUUCAUGUGAAUGACAUACUUCACAAGUACACUCGAUACCUUGCCUGCUGACAGCUACCCAUAACCCUUUUUGAGUCCUGUUUCAGCGAGAUCCAUGUGUUUAAGUUCAAUUUUGUAGCACACGAAUAAUAUUGAGUAAUUUCUAGUUAGACGCUGUAAACCUGUGCUAUUAUGGAUUUCUCUUCUUCCCGUUUUUACAGGGCUGCUCGCUCCACUGUCUGUGACCUUUUGCAGGGGUUGUGUUCCUCUAGAUCUUACGUGUGGUAGUUGGCUUAGUUCGGAGAGCAAUCAGGGAAUCAGGAAGCCUCCUAAACCUAUUAUUACAAAUUGCACCUAUAAAGAUUAAGAUCGUUGUCUCUGGCUCACAUAACUGAUUAAACACACAUAUACACUCUAUCCAGUAGCAGAUUCUGCGCUCCCAGGGUUGGCAUUGCCUGGGUGGGAAGAGGUCAAACACAAUCCAUGGGACGGUCUCUAAGGUACGUGUUUGACACCCCCUCUAGUUUCUCUGUGUGUGUGUGUGUUUUAUACAUAUCACAAGCUUACUGGUAAUGGUAACAUUUGCCUUGCCCAGCGAGCAAGACCCACUGGUUUUUGAGAAUGUGGGUCCAAAGAAUUCUGUAGGCCUUGUAGGCCUGAUUAAGGUUCAUUUUUCAUCUAUUAAUCCUCAUUAUUGGGAAAAAAAGGAAAAUAAUAACAACCAAAACAACAACAAGGAGAAAUCAAUCAUUACAACUUACAUGAAAUGCGCUACCUAAGUCCAUGUCCGAUCUCCUCUUUCCUGUUUUUAAUGAACCGAAUUUAAUGCCACCUGUUUGGGGCUGCCACUCAUCCUCAGCCGAGCAUGGGCCAGGCCGCUGGGCUGUUGUGUUCCUUUCUGCAGCAGCAGUGCAAACGUUAGUUAUAAAUUAGACUUUAAUAUUUUUGGUGUUUAAUGACAAGUUUUUAAACUGGACAUAUUAGGAAAAAAUAUUUUUUUUAGCUCAGCAUGCUGAGUCCAGUACUGUGGACCUCACCAGUACAUACCUCUAACUCAGCUCUUCGGGGCACCCAUUGCCCAAAGGCUGGGUUAGAGGUGCCUUGCCAUGAUCUCAGAAUACCGUCUGUUGAAUUAUCCUAGAUGCAAAUAAAGGCAAACCAACACACUCCAACAUCAGGUUUUACGCCAUUCCAUAUAUUUGCUUUUUUUUUUUAAUUUUGCUUUCUUGAUUUCUUUUUUGAUUGAAUACCACUAAUCUCUGAGUUUAGGGAAGACAACUGGUAAGAAGGCCGUGAAUCGUUGAAUACAUAUUGAAAAUUCCAUGCAAAAUGUUCAAUAUUGGAUAUAAAGAGCUUUAAAAUGUUUAAUACUAAACUGUUUGGAAAUAUAUUUGUUAACUCUGUGUACACUUAAUAAAAUUCAAUGUUUCUUCUCAGAAGAGUUGAGACCAAAUUGAACCUCAUUUAUAGAAAACAGUAUGUGGGAAUCAAUGUACCAGCCUCUUGCUGUAAUUUCCAUGUGGAAGGAUGACCUGGUUACCAUCUUACCCCAGCUGCACUGUGGGGACUGGGAAAUUAUCUUGUCACCGCUUUCAUACAUCACCAUGACAGCCCUUACCCAGCACUGAAAUUUUUUUGGCCUGCUUAGCUGAUUAAAGGUUCAGUACAAAUUUAACUGUUUAUGCUUAUUUCAUUUUCACGUUAGAUUCCACUUUAAUAAAUGAAGAAUUAGCA